UUAGUUCAGGGCCAAUCUUCCUCACCAAAAAAAAACCUUAAAAAAGUAGGAUAAUUAUUUUUAAUAUAAAUCUAGGAAUGGCAAAGACCUUUCAAAGCAUCAAACAACUGAAGCCAGAUUGCUGAAUUUUACAACAUGAAAAUAAAAUUCCGUUUAGAGAAGAAAAUCAUAAAGUUAAAAGAGAAACAGACUAGUAAAUCUUAUUUGUACGUUUUUCUCAAAGGACUAAUUUUCUCUUAAUAUGCAAAGAGCUCCCAGAAAAUAAUCCAGUAGAAAAAAUGAGCAAAGAGAAUUCAUAUGAAAAGAUGUGCAACUUUAUUUAUAAUGAAGAUGUAAAUUAAAGCUACAACAAACCAUUUAUCACCUAUCAAAUUAGGAAAGAUUGAUUACAUAGUAUAACUUGGGGAGAAUGAGAGAAAGGGGAAAUGGGCAUUCUCAUACAUUGCUGGUGGGAAUAUAAAGUGUUCAUUUUCUAUGGAAAGCGAUUUGGAAAUCAUUUUCAAAAUUAAAAAUGCACAUAUAUUUUGAUCUAGCAAUUUCAUUCAAGGAUUUUAUCUUCUAAAAGAUUUUAUGUAUGUUUCAAAUGAACAUGUAAGAAUAUUUGUGGCAGUAUUUGUCAUUGCAAAAGAUUGGAAACAACCUAAACAUAAGCUAGUAGGGAAGUGGAUAAGUAAAUUAUGGCAUCAUCUAUUCAAUGGAACAUUAGGCAGACCUUAAAAAUAAUGAGGGAACACUGUGUGUACUGCUAUGGUGCAUGUCUGAGAUCUAUUAAGAGGAAAAAAGCAAGAUGCAGGACUCCAUGUAUAGUAUGCUGCCAUCUGUGGUUUAAAAUAUGUGUGUAUGUAUCUGAAAGGCUAUGAGAGUUUGAUAACGAUGGUUCCCUCCAGUAAGGGGAACUGGUGGCCUAGAGGACAAAGGUGGGAGACUAAAUUUUUUUUAAUACAGUUUGGUAAUUUUUGAGUAUUAUUUUUUUACCAUGUGCAUGUAAUAUCUAUUCAGAGUUGAUUUUUUAAAGUUGUGCUUACAGGAAUUGGUAAGGAAGAACGAAAAUAAAAGUCCAUAGUAAUUGUAAACAGUUGUCAAAUGGUUACUGCAAUACUGUUUAUUUUAGUUUUUGCUAGAGGUCUUCCCAUUCAGAGCCUCCAGUUGAUGUUAUGUGGCUCACUAACACAGGGAGAGUGGCUUUAGUGGAGUGAGGUCUGAAGGAAGGCUGUGGGGUUCCUGUAAGCGGAUAGCAUGAUGAGCAACAACCAGCGGUUACUGCUGCUUUUGAUGUUUGAAGGAGGUGCUUUACUAUUUGGAAUCUGCUCCAGCCAGCUACAGAGUGUGUGGCUGCCUCUCGUGGAGAAGGGGGAUGAUGGAGCUGCUAUUGGAGUUUGUAGUAUUCCACGUGCCUGAGGAGCAUGUCACCCAGAGCACGGGGCAGCCCACUGAAGAUGAGAGGACAGGGUAGCAGGGAUGUUGCCUUUUGGAGCCCCAGUCUAGGCCUGAAUUUCUGUAUUCGCCUGUGUGGGAUCCUCCUAGCCAUGUGCAUCUAAUGUGCCAUUUAGCUUGCUGCAAGGUGACUGCCUAAAUAGUGCAUGUAUGUUCUGCAAAAAUAAAGCAUCAUUGUUAUUUUGAAAUAUUGUUCCUGAUGUGGAAAAAGUUGGAUUUGAGAUUCAUUCAUAUUAUUACAAACUUCAUUUAAAUUUUAAUUUUUCAUCUAUAAUUAUAUAAAGAAAAUGUGAUAAAUUUUUUUCACCAAGCACCAUGUCGAUGCCUCCAAAUGCCCUCCUGUUGGCCAGUGUGCUGAGCAAAUAUUAUUUACAAUGUGAAAAAGGUUGGGAAACACUGUUCUGGUCAAAUCCUCUCAUUUUAUAUAAAGAAAACUGCAAUCUAGGUAGGUAAGCUCAGGGAUUUGUCCAGCGUCCUAUAGUUUUGGGUCUGGGGCUUGGUCUGAAAACUGGGGGUCUUGACUCUCAGUUCUCACUGCCUCCCACUGGUACUCCAAACCUGAGGGAAAAUUGGAAGAAGGCAUUGAUGAAAGAUGAAUAUACAGAACCUUAGAAGAAUUAUUAAAAGAACUGCAUGUACACAGUUUAGAAAUCUUUGAGGGCCUCCUGUGUCCAAUAGUGCUUAGAAUCUUCCUGUAGAAUAGGUUGUAGUAGGAUUUGUUUUGAGAUGAUUGUACCUAUCUCCUUUAAAAAAAAGAAGAAUAAAUAAAGGUUAGACUAUAGCAAGAGGAAUUUAGGAUGGAUGUAAACAAAAAUUGGUACUAGAAUUGUAUGUGUACAGUUUUUCAAAGAAAAGGGAAAUGUAUCAGGAGACGUUUCAAGUUCCUGUGCUGUAGUGAAAUUUUCUCUCACCUGGCUUUUGAUUGGAUUAGAAUUUGUUCAAUUAAAAAUAACAUGAGUGAAAAAGUAGGUUGGAGUUAAACAGGCUUCAAAGAAUGUUGCCAUUAGCCCUAGAUAUUUCAAAGAAAUACUUAGAAACUUUUUUAGGUAAGGGAUAUGGUAUGGUGUAUGUCAUUUUGAUACCUGGCUGCCAUUCUGACACCACAGUGAUACUAAAUAAAAGAGGAAAUAAUGGGAGUUCAGGUACAGUAAACUUUGGGUAAAAUUGUGUUAACUUAUGGUUUCCAGGUAAGAUACAGCUAAGGCGGGAAUAGGUGUUUUAGGCAAUUUAAAGGAAGCUCCACUGUCCAAACAUAAAGUGGAUGCGUUUUUGAGACAAACACUAGUUACAGUAAAAGUAAAACCCUCUUAAUGACAGUCUAUUUAACCUUUUGGUGUGUGGAGAUUUUUUGGGGAUUUUUCUUGGUCAUUCUUUUCAAGUUUUCCAGAUGAUCUUUUGUGUUUCUUCUAGUUCUCUGUAGAUUUUUAAAUAUUUCAUUUUUUUUAAAUGAAAAAUAUUUUGUUGCUUAAUUAGUAUUGGCAAACUGGACUGUUUUCUGCAGCAGAAAUUGAGUAUAUGCCUAGCAGAGUAAAUUCUGAGAAAAAAGGGGAGUAAUUGCCAUUGGAAAACUUAGGGGUUUUUUGGGUCCAAUUCUGUUUUCUUUUUUAGAUGAUAGUUGUGGGAAUUACUAAGAAUUUGAGGUCAAUUUUCUUGGGGGCAGUUAUUUAAUUUUCUUUGGGUUGAGAGAACGUUUACUAUAUAAACGAUUCAAAUAAUAAAGGAAAGCGUGUUACCUCAAAAAUGCUUGUGUAGUAUAUAAUAGUAUAACAAGAGUUUUCUAUUUUUCUUCCAUUUAUUACAAUUUCCAAGGAAGUAUAACAAGAAUUAAAAGAAAUAUCUUAUUUUGUAUAUAUAUUUACACUUCAAAGUAAUUUAUAUAUUAAAUUAGGUUUUGUUUGAGAUGGUGAAACGAAAGAGUUUGUAAGUAAGAAUACAUGUUGAUAUGUGAAAAAAUGUGAAAUUAAAACAUGUUGGCAUACUCCUAGUUUCUCAGAACAAGAAAAUGACUAAUCUAAAUUUCAUUUCAGAAUAAAAACCAAGACAAGCCACAUAAAAGCAACCUAAAAAUUAAACUGUCAUCAUAUUAUUUGUUUUAAAACUAUGGAAUAAUAUAUCUGAGGAAGAUUUCUCUCAAAAUUGUUUUUCUCAAUUUCAACAUCAUUCCUGGUCCCAUUCACACAACAAAUAUUUAUUGAGCACCUACUAAGAGCACAAUGAGGUAUCAUGGGAUGAGCAGCAGAUGGAGCCAGAGUGCUGUGUUCAUCAUCCAGGUUUCUUAAACUUGCCCACCUAUCUGCUUCAUUAUGUGAACAAAAUUCUAUAAAAGCUGACAAUUAUAACAAUUUUUUGAAAAUCACCAACAGCCCAUACUGGGCUGAAUAUGUCUUGUGUUCUACAAUUUUUAAAUGUCCUACGAGGAUUUCGUUGAGUGAGAAAAACUGUGAUACAGAGGUUGUUUCGAUCUGUACUCCCACCAGCAAUAUGAGACUUUUUUCAUGUCUUCACCAAGAUUGUGUUCUCAAAUGUUUUGAUCUUUGCCAAUUUGACAGGUCAGAAGACGUGUCUUCAUCUACAUGGCAUCUUUCCUUACCUCUAUGUGCCAUAUGAUGGUUAUGGACAGCAGCCAGAAAGCUAUCUUUCUCAGAUGGCGUUCAGUAUCGACAGAGCACUUAAUGUGGCUUUAGGCAAUCCAUCUUCCACUGCUCAGCACGUGUUCAAAGUGUCAUUAGUUUCAGGAAUGCCUUUUUAUGGUUAUCAUGAGAAGGAGAGACACUUUAUGAAGAUCUAUCUUUACAAUCCUGCAAUGGUGAAAAGGAUAUGUGAACUUUUGCAAAGUGGAGCCAUAAUGAAUAGAUAUUACCAGCCUCAUGAAGCGCAUAUUCCCUACCUCCUACAGCUCUUCAUUGACUACAAUCUGUAUGGAAUGAAUUUAAUUAAUCUGGCUGCUGUCAAGUUCCGAAAAGCAAGAAGGAAAAGUAAUCCAUUGCAUCCAACUGGAUCUUGCAAGGAUCGGCUACCAGGAAAUUCUCUUACUGGUACUUUAUUUCGGUGGGAAGAAAAUGAAAUACCAAGCUCAUUAAUACUGGAAGGUGUUGAACCUCAGAGUACAUGUGAAUUAGAAGUGGAUGCUGUAGCUGCUGAUAUCUUAAAUCGGCUGGACAUUGAAGCUCAAAUUGGUGGAAACCCUGGUCUACAGGCCAUCUGGGAAGAUGAAAAGCAACGGCGAAGAAACAGAAAUGAAACUUCUCAAAUUAGCCAACCCGAAUCACAAGAUCGCAGGUUUGUGCCAGCAACAGAAAAUGAAAAAAAAUUUCAGAAGAGACUUCAGGAAAUUCUCAAACAGAAUGAUUUCUCUGUCAGAACAUUAUCAGGAUCUGUGGACUACAGUGACGGAUCCCAGGAGUUCUCUGCUGAGUUAACAUUGCACCCUGAGGUUCUGUCUCCUGAAAUUCUGCAGUGUACGCCAGCUAAUAUGGUAGAAGUCCAUAAAGACACAGAGUUGAGCAAAGGUCACACUAGACACAAAGUGGAAGAAGCUCUUAUUAAUGAAGAAGCAAUUUUGAACCUUAUGGAAAAUAGUCAGACUUUUCAGCCUUUGGCUCAAAGACUGAGUGAGUCACCAGUUUUCUUGGACAGUAGUCCUGAUGAGGCUCUGGUACGUCUUCUUGCUGGUUUGGAAAAUGAUGGAUAUCAGGGAGAAAGAAAUAGGAUGCCGUCACAAUGUCACUCCUUUGGAAACACUAAAAAUCUCCAAAAUAGUGAUGAUGAAGAAAAUGAACCACAGAUUGAAAAAGAAGAAAUGGAGCUUAGUCUGGUGAUGUCUCAGAGAUGGGACAGCAAUAUUGAAGAACAUUGUGCCAAAAAGAGAUCACCGUGCAGAAAUACCCAUAGAAGUUCAACCGAAGAAGAUGAUUCAUCUUCAGAUGAAGAAAUGGAAUGGAGUAAUAACAAUUUGCUUCUAGGCAAUCUUUCUAUACCUCAGUUAGAUGGAACUGCAGAUGAAAAUAGUGACAAUCCAUUGAACAACGAAAAUUCUAGAACCCACUCUUCUGUGAUUGCAACAAGCAAGCUAUCAGUAAAACCUUCCAUCUUUCAUAAAGAUGCUGCUACGUUAGAACCCCCAUCUUCUGCUAAGAUUACCUUUCAGUGUAAACACUCAAGUGCCCUUUCUUCCCAUGUUCUGAACAAGGAAGAUUUAAUUGAAGACCUUUCACAGCCAAACAACACAGAAAAAGAUCUAGAUCGUUCAGUUGCUUCUUUUACAAAUGAAAGCACUUACUCUAUGAAAUACCCUGGAUCUCUAAGCAGUACUGUCCACUCAGAAAACUCUCAUAAAGAAAGUAGUAAGAAAGAUAUCGUUCAGGUAUCUUCCUGUGAAAGUAGUAUUUUUGAUUAUGAAGAAGAGAUUCCAUCUGUUACAAGACAAGUACCAAGUAGAAAGUAUACAAACAUUAGAAAAAUUGAUAAGGAUGCCCCUUUUAUACAUAUGAACCGUCACACUUGCGAAAGUACAUUGGGCAAAAAUUCUUUCAACUUUUCUGACUUAAGUCAUUCAAAAAAUAAAUUAUCAUCUGAAGGAAAUGAAAAAGGAAACAGCACAGCUCUGAAUAGUUUAUUCCCUUCAUCGUUAACUGAAAAUUGUGAAUUGCUGUCAUGUUCAGGGGAGAACAGAACUAUGGUGCAGUCUCUUGAUAGCAUUGCUGAUGAAAGUGGACUGAAUAAACUUAAAAUUAGAUAUGAAGAAUUUCAAGAACAUAAAACAGAAAAGCCAAGCCUCAGCCAGCAAGCAGCACAUUACAUGUUUUUUCCCAGUGUUGUUCUUUCUAAUUGUCUCAGUAGACCACAGAAACUCGCUCCUGUCACAUAUAAACUACAACCUGGCAAUAAACAGUCCCGGUUAAAAAUGAGUAAAAAGAAACUUGUAGGUCAUCAAGAAACUUCUAGCAAAACUAGUGAGACUGGAUCCACAAAAGAUAAUUGUAUGCAAAAUAAUACUUGUAAUAGUAAUUCUGAGAAGGAUAAUGUAUUGGCCAGUGAUUUAAUUAAAGUCACCCGUGGAGCUUUUGAAAAUAAAACACCUACAGACAGUUUUGUAGACUGUCACUUUGGAGAUGGAAGCUUAGAAACUGAGCAGUCCUUUGGAUUGUAUGGAAAUAAAUACACACUUAGAGCCAAACGCAAGGUAAAUUAUGAGACUGAAGAUAGUGAGUCAAGUUUUGUAACACACAACUCAAAAGUUAGCCUACCUCAUCCCAUGGAAAUUGGCGAAAGUUUAGAUGGAACUCUCAAAUCUCGAAAACGAAGAAAAAUGUCUAAAAAGCUGCCUCCUGUCAUCAUAAAGUAUAUUAUUAUUAAUAGAUUUAGAGGGAGAAAAAAUAUGCUUGUGAAGCUAGGGAAAAUAGACUCUAAAGAAAAGCAAGUAAUAUUAACAGAGGAAAAAAUGGAACUUUAUAAAAAGCUUGCACCUUUGAAGGAUUUUUGGCCAAAAGUUCCUGACUCCCCUGCAACCAAAUAUCCCAUUUAUCCACUAACACCAAAGAAAAGUCACAGAAGAAAAUCAAAACAUAAGUCUACUAAGAAAAAACCUGGUAAGCAACAAAGGACAAAUAGUGAAAAUGUUAAAAGAACUUUGUCUUUCAGGAAAAGACGGUCACAUGCUAUUCUUUCUCCUCCCUCACCAUCUUAUAAUGCUGAAACCGAAGACUGUGACUUGAAUUAUAGUGAUGUUAUGUCUAAAUUAGGUUUUCUUUCUGAGAGAAGCACAAGUCCCAUAAAUUCUUCUCCACCUCGCUGCUGGUCUCCCACAGAUCCAAGAGCUGAAGAAAUUAUGGCUGCUGCAGAUAAGGAAGCAAUGCUUCUUAAGGGUCUUAACGCAUAUAAUAGCAAGACUGUUAAUUCCCGUAUGGAAAAAAAUAGUCGAGCAAGAACACAGGUUAAGAAAUCAAAAACAAAGCUUGUUAAUCCUUCUGUAGUUACUAAGAAAAGGAACAAACGAAAUCAGACGAGUAAACUAGUAGGUGAUGGAAAAAAGAAACCAAGAGCAAAACAGAAACAAAAAACAAAUGAGAAAGGUACGUCAAGAAAGCACAUAACACUUAAAGAUGAAAAAAUAAAAUCCCAGUCUGGUGCUGAAGUUAAGUUUGUGCUGAAACAUCAGAAUGUGUCUGAGACCUCAAAUAGUUCUGGAGGCUCUCAACUACUUUUUAAACAGAAAGAUGUGUCCCUAAUGGGCUCUGCUAUAGAUCAUCCCCUUUCUGCUCCCCUACCCACUGGAAUUCGAGCACAACAGAAUUUAUCUGGCUGCUUUUCUUCUUUCUUAGAAAGCAAGAAGCCUGUGGAUUUGCAAACAUUCCCCAGUUCACGAGAUGAUUUGCAUUCAUCAGUUGUUUGUAGUUCUAUGGGACCUGGAAUCUCAAAAAUUAAUGUUCAAAGGUCUCAUAAUCAAAGUGCUAUGUUUACUCUAAAGGAAUCAACCUUGAUUCAAAAAAACAUAUUUGACCUUUCCAACCAUUUGUCUCAGGUAGCACAGAAUACACAGAUAUCUUCUGGUAUAAUGUCUCCAAAGACAGAAGAGAAUGCAAAUACACAAAAAAACUGUUUGUCAUCUAUCGGAAAGUUAAAUGACUAUCAUAAUUCCCUAGAGUCAAAGCCAGAUCAGACGUAUGCCCCUAAUUUUUCACAGUGCAAAGACAGUCAGCAGCAGAUUGUGUGCAUGGCAGAACAGUCAAAGCACAGUGAAACUUGUUCUCCAGGAAAUGCAGCUUCAGAGGAAAGCCAAAUGCCUAAUAAUUGCUUUGUAACUUCCUUAAAAAGUCCAAUCAAACAAAUAGCAUGGGAGCAAAAACAAAGGGGCUUUAUUUUAGGUGUGUCAAAUUUUAAACCUGAAAGGGUAAAACAAAGGUCAUUGUCAGAAGCAAUUUCACAAACCAAAGCACUUUCUCAGUGUAAAAAUCGAAAUGUAUCAACACCUUCAGCGUUUGGUGAAGGACAGUCUGGGCUGGCAGUUCUAAAAGAACUGUUACAGAAAAGACAGCAGAAAGCACAAAAUGCAAAUACUAUGCAAGACCCAUUAUCUACUAAACAUCAACCAAACAAAAAUAUUUCUGGUUCCCUUGAGCAUAACAAAACAAUUAAACGAACACGAUCGGUAACAUCUCAAAGAAAACCUCGAACUCCCAGAAGUACAAAACCUAAAGAAAAAGUUCCCAAACUUCUUAAAGUAGACUCUCUUAAUUUACAAAACUCUGGCCAGUUGGACAACUCCCUAUCAGAUGAUAGUCCCAUCUUUUUUUCAGAUCCAGGUUUUGAAAGUUGUUACUCACUUGAAGAUAGUUUGUCUCCUGAACAUAAUUAUAAUUUUGAUAUUAAUACAAUAGGUCAAACUGGAUUUUGUAGCUUUUAUUCUGGAAGUCAGUUUGUCCCAGCUGAUCUGAAUUUGCCUCAGAAGUUCCUAAGUGAUGCCGUUCAGGAUCUUUUCCCAGGACAAACUAUAGAAAAAACUGAGUUUUUGAGUCAUGAUAACCAGAAGUGUGAUGAAGACAAACACCAUGCCUCAGACUCAACCUCAUGGAUUAGGUCCAGUACUCUAAGCCCUGAACUGUUUGAGAAAUCCUCCAUAGAUAGCAAUGAGAAUCAUUGCCACAACCAGUGGAAAAGUAGCUUUCAUCCUCUAACAACUCGGUCUAAUUCCAUCAUGGAUUCUUUCUGUGUCCAGCAGGCAGAGGACUGUCUAAAUGAAAAAUCCAGAUUGAAUAGGAGUUCAGUAAGCAAAGAAGUGUUUCUUAGCCUUUCUCAGCCUUGCAAUUCAGACUGGAUUCAAGGUCAUACCAGAAAAGAAAUAGGACAGGCUCUUGACUCAGUCAAUACCUCUUUUACCACAAUACUAUCCUCACCUGAUGGUGAACUUGUGGAUGUAGCUUCUGAAGAUUUAGAAUUAUAUGUUUCAAGAAACAAUGACAUACUGACACCAACUCCUGAUAGUUCACCAAGGUCUACCAGCUCUCCUUCACAGUCUAAAAAUGGCACUUUCACCCCUCGAACUGCUCACAUUCUGAAACCACUUAUGUCCCCACCAAGUAGGGAAGAAAUUAUGGCAACAUUGUUGGAUCAUGACCUUUCGGAAACUGUUUACCAGGAACCUUUUUGCAGUAAUCCUUCUGAUGUACCAGAAAAGCCCAGGGAGAUCGGCGGACGGCUUCUCAUGGUAGAAACUCGACUUCCAAAUGAUCUGGCUGAGUUUGAGGGAGACUUUUCCUUGGAAGGCCUUCGUCUAUGGAAAACAGCAUUCUCAGCAAUGACUCAGAAUCCAAGACCAGGGUCACCCCUUCGCAAUGCCCAAGCAAUUGUCAAUAAAGGGUCGAGUAAUAGCCAUAAAAUGGUUGAAGAUAAAAAAAUUGUGAUUAUGCCUUGCAAAUGUGCCCCAAGUCGACAACUGGUUCAAUCAUGGCUUCAAGCCAAAGAAGAAUAUGAGCGUUCCAAGAAACUGUCUAAAAUUGAGCCAACUGGAGUUAUAAAAUCUGCUGAGAACUUCAGCUCUUCAGUUAACCCAGAUGACAAACCUGUAGUGCCUCCAAAAAUGGAUACAAUUCCACAUAUACCCCCUACUACAUCACAUACCAAGGAAGAUGUUGAUAAUUCUCAGCUUGCUUUACAAGCGCCAACCACAGGAUGCAGUCAAACUGCAAGUGAAAGUCAGACACUGCCACCAGUUGCUGCUUCAAAUGAUCCUGAGGAAGAUGAUGAUGACUGUUAUGUUAGUUAUAGCUCCCCUGAUUCUCCCCUAAUUCCCCCUUGGCAACAAGCAAUAUCCCCAGAUUUCAAAACCUUAAAUGGAGAUGGCAGAUCCUCAUCGCCAGUAGAGGAGCUACGUUCCUUGGCUCUUGAGAACUUGUUAAAGCCGGUGAAAGGUGAUGUACAGAAAAGCCCCUGCAGUGAGCCUCGGGAGCCUCUAGUGAUAUCUCCAAUUAACAUUAGGACGAGAACUGGGAUGUGUGAAUCACUUUGCCUUCACAGUACACCAAUCAUACAGAGAAAACUUCUGGAAAAGCUUCCUGAAGCAACUGGCCUUAGCCCUUUAUCAUCAGAACCAAAAACGCGGAAAUUGAGUCAUAAGAAAGGAAGUAAUACUGCCACUCUUAGAAGAGUACUCUUAACACAAGCAAAGAAUCAGUUUACAUCAGUAAAUACCCCAAAGAAAGAAACUUCUCAGAUUGAUGGACCAUCUUUAAACAAUACUUAUGGUUUCAAAGUCAGCGUCCAAAACUUACAGGAGGCAAAAGCUUUGCAUGAGAUACAAAAUCUUACCCUAAUCAGUGUGGAGUUACAUGCUCGAACUAGGCGAGAUUUAGAACCAGAUCCGGAGUUUGACCCAAUCUGUGCUCUGUUCUACUGCAUCUCAUCUGACACUCCACUACCGGAUACAGACAAAACAGAACUCACAGGUGUAAUAGUGAUCGAUAAAGACAAGACAGUCUCCAGUCAAGAUAUCAGAUAUCAGACCCCAUUACUUAUUAGAUCUGGAAUUACAGGACUAGAAGUUACCUAUGCUGCUGAUGAGAAGGCACUUUUUCAAGAAAUUGCAGCUAUAAUAAAGAGAUAUGAUCCUGAUAUUCUGCUAGGGUACGAGAUUCAGAUGCAUUCCUGGGGUUACCUCUUACAGAGGGCUGCUGCCUUAAGUGUGAACUUAUGUCAGAUGAUCUCUCGGGUGCCAGAUGACAAAAUUGAGAACAGAUUUGCAGCUGAAAGAGAUGAGUAUGGAUCAGAUACAAUGAGUGAGAUAAAUAUUGUUGGCCGAAUUACGCUGAAUCUUUGGAGAAUCAUGAAAAAUGAGGUGGCUCUAACUAACUACACCUUUGAAAAUGUGAGCUUUCACGUUCUUCAUCAGCGUUUUCCCCUCUUUACCUUCCGAGUCUUAUCAGAUUGGUUUGAUAACAAGACAGAUCUAUACAGAUGGAAAAUGGUUGAUCAUUACAUUAGCCGUGUCCGUGGAAAUCUCCAAAUGUUAGAACAGCUGGACGUGAUUGGGAAAACCAGUGAAAUGGCUAGACUUUUUGGCAUUCAGUUUUUACAUGUAUUGACAAGGGGCUCACAGUACCGUGUGGAAUCAAUGAUGUUGCGUAUUGCUAAACCAAUGAACUAUAUUCCUGUGACACCUAGUGUACAACAAAGAUCCCAGAUGAGAGCCCCACAGUGUAUUCCCCUAAUUAUGGAGCCUGAAUCUCGCUUCUAUAGCAACUCUGUUCUUGUUUUGGAUUUCCAGUCACUGUAUCCUUCUAUUGUGAUUGCAUACAACUACUGUUUUUCCACCUGCCUUGGCCAUGUGGAGAACUUGGGCAAGUAUGAUGAGUUCAAAUUUGGCUGUACCUCUCUAAGAGUACCUCCAGAUUUACUUUACCAAAUUAGGCAUGAUAUCACAGUGUCCCCCAAUGGAAUAGCUUUUGUCAAGCCUUCAGUAAGAAAGGGUGUGCUACCAAGAAUGCUUGAAGAAAUUUUGAAAACCAGAUUCAUGGUGAAGCAGUCGAUGAAGGCUUAUAAGCAAGACAGAGCCCUUUCACGAAUGCUCGAUGCACGUCAGCUAGGACUUAAGCUUAUAGCAAAUUGCACACUCGGCUAUACAGCUGCUAAUUUCUCUGGGAGAAUGCCAUGCAUUGAGGUUGGGGAUAGUAUUGUUCACAAAGCCAGAGAGACCUUGGAACAAGCUAUUAAACUGGUGAAUGAUACCAAGAAGUGGGGUGCUAGAGUUGUAUACGGUGAUACUGACAGUAUGUUUGUACUACUGAAAGGAGCCACUAAGGAGCAGUCUUUUAAGAUUGGUCAGGAAAUUGCUGAAGCGGUAACUGCUACCAACCCUAAACCAGUGAAAUUGAAGUUUGAAAAGGUAUAUUUGCCCUGUGUCUUACAAACAAAAAAGAGGUAUGUGGGUUACAUGUAUGAAACACUGGAUCAAAAGGACCCAGUAUUUGAUGCAAAAGGAAUAGAAACAGUCAGAAGAGAUUCCUGCCCUGCUGUUUCUAAGAUACUUGAGCGUUCUCUAAAGCUGCUAUUUGAAACAAGAGAUAUAAGUUUAAUUAAACAGUAUGUUCAACGACAAUGUAUGAAGCUUCUGGAAGGAAAGGCCAGCAUACAAGAUUUUAUCUUUGCCAAGGAAUACAGAGGAAGUUUCUCUUAUAAACCUGGAGUUUGUGUGCCAUCCCUUGAACUUACAAGGAAAAUGGUUGCUUAUGACCGGCGCUCUGAGCCUCGAGUUGGGGAGCGAGUGCCAUAUGUCAUCAUUUAUGGGACCCCUGGAGUACCACUUAUCCAGCUGGUAAGGCGUCCUGUGGAAGUCCUGCAGGACCCAACCCUGAGACUGAAUGCCACCUACUAUAUCACCAAGCAAAUCCUUCCACCCCUGGCAAGAAUCUUCUCACUUAUUGGAAUUGAUGUUUUCAACUGGUAUCAUGAAUUACCAAGGAUCCAGAAAGCCACUAGCUCCUCUCGAAGUGAACCUGGAGGGCGGAAAAGCACUAUUUCACAAUAUUUCACUACCUUACGCUGUCCUGUGUGUGAUGACCUGACUCAGCACGGCAUCUGUAAUAAAUGUCGGAGCCAACCUCAGCAUGUUGCAGUGAUCCUCAACCAAGAGAUUCGAGAGCUGGAACGUAAACAGGAGCAGCUUGUAAAGAUAUGCAAGAACUGUACAGGUUGCUUUGAUCGACAUAUCCCAUGUGUUUCUCUGAACUGCCCAGUACUUUUCAAACUCUCCCAAGUAAACAGAGAAUUAUCCAAGGCACCGUAUCUCCGGCAGUUACUAGACCAGUUUUAAAUUGUCAAUAUCACAAAAUCCCAGGUGCUAUUUUUUUCGGUGUUUACCACUAGACUGUUGUGCAUGGUGCUUUUUCAACUUUCAUUGAGUCAAGUAUGUCAUUGUCUGUUAUCUGAAGACUAUGAAGACUUCUAUGCUAACUGAAUUAAAAACUGUACUAGUUGAUCUCUGAAUAGCUCACUUCUUACAAUGUACAAAGUCUUCAUCCUUUCACCUUUUUAACAUUGUUUUAUAAUGCAGGUGUUGAAUUUGCUCCAGUAUGUGUAACAUCUUGUAAAUCCAUUUGAGUAGAUCAUAUUUACUUCCCUGUGGAAGGAGCACUGAAAACCUCUUAAAAAAAAAAAUUUCGUGUGUUUCCUUGAACUGUCUGUAUCAAGACGUGUUACUUAGAGAUAACCCAUUCACUUCAUAAUUUUGACUGCGAAAUAUUUUGUAAAUACACUUUUUUACUUUUCAAACAACUGAGUAAAAUAAUGUGCAAUGAAUUUUAUACAAAUGAUUUUCAAGUUGUUUGGUAUAUUUCCUCUAGGUUUUGCUUGACUCAGAGUAGAGUUGUUAUUUUGAUCAAACUGUGCAAACAAUAGUACCAUGUGUAGCAUUUUGAAACAUUAUUUUCUAAAACCGCUGUCUUGCUUUAGCUAUUAAUGGGGCAUUGUGAGGAACUGUGCAAAGACAUUUUUGUUACAAACCUGUGGGCCUGUUGCAAUACUUUAAAAAUAAAAAAAUUUAUUCCAUUUUUGCUUGUUUUGUAUAGACAUUUCUAUUGCUUCUAAAUAUGCUUAAAAUAUUUUCUUUCCUUAUGUACUGUACAGUUAAUCUUAUUUGCCAUCAUCUUGAACACAAAAUGUGUAUUUAGAAUAUUUGUAUAACUGUAUAAAAUGAAAAAGGAAUUAUGUGGUCAGUGCAUUGUUUUCUAAACUGGAAAUCAUUUUGUUUUAAAAGUUAAUAAUGGAAACCAUAUUAAAAUUGAAUAAAAUAUGAAAUACA